CUGCAUUCGGCGUCGGUGGGAGGGCUGGACGGCACCGGUUGAGGCUCUAGUUACAGUCCAGCCACGCCGAUACAACUUUGGGGCCAAGAAAUUUGGAAAGCGCUCUUUUUUCAAGACGCGUUUUUCGCCGGAUCCGGCGCCGUCGCUCUUUGGAUUGGCGCUCCCAUGGUGGCGAACGGUGCCUCGAGGACAGAUCCGGCACUUUGACGAGUAGGAUCGGUCUCCUACGGCGUCGACCAGUGCCUGGAGGAAAGAUCCUAUCUCCUUGACGUGCUUAUCACUUUAGGCUCCGAUUGAAUCUUCCAUGAUGACUACCGUUGAACUGGAAAAUAGAUCCGGCGUCGUGCGAAAUCUGAUACAAAUAGAGCACCGAAGUGGCGCUAUGUUUCCUACUAUUACACAGCGGCCGUCAUUGUUCUACUGGCCAACCGGUGUUUCUACGGGGCAGUGGCCGUACCGCCGUACCUUGGAUCCGGGGCAUCCGUCUUUGUGAAUUUUAAAGGGAGGGCAUGCACUCAGAAUUCAAACCACAAUGAGGUGUUUUGGAGGUUCUGGCACCUAGGUAGAGUUCAUACGGAGAGGUCAUUCAUUAAUCUUUAUAUUUUUCUUUUAUGCUUUCAAAGAGGCAAGAUUCUAUCUCUUUCGCACAUGUUUGGGAACUACUUUAGUUAAAAGACUAUCAUUCUCUAUACUAUGAGAAGAAAUUGAUGACCUCUUAGUGACUAAAGCAUGAAAAUGUAUAUUUAAAGUGUGUUUAACCAUUGAUAUUUGUGGAAUUAUGGGUUUAAGUGUUAUAUUUUUCUACAAAUAAUUUCAUAAAUGUUUAUUCUAUUCAUGUUGUGUAAAUUUUUUAUGAUUGAAGAUUUGAUAAUUAAAUGGAGAGAAUUAGAAGAAAAGAAGUUAAAUGCAAAGAACCAGAAAGAUGAGGGUCCAAGGAUUAAAUUUAGAAGUUUAACAACUCAAGUGGGAUUUUCUCCAUUUUUUAUUAAGAUGUAAGUUUGUGAAGUUGACGUGUUAAUGAGCUGUUGGAACUGUUUUCAAGUUCCAACCCUUGGCCUAUGGAAAAGGAUAGACAGUAGCAUGAGGAGUUCCGCACUCUGUGAUUAGGAUCCAAUCCCUGGUUAGUUAUGCACAAAAUAGAAAGAUGCAGGGUUUGAGAUUUCAACCGUCUAACAAGAUUGUGCAGAAAAGAAAAGAAAGAAAAAAAAAUAAGAGAAAGAGAGCUAUUGUUAUGAAAUGUGAAGCCUUCGGAAUGGUUCAUGUGAUAUUAAUUAUGUGAGAAAUUCUAUACUUUCCCCACUUUGUUUCAGAAUAU